CGGAGGGCGCGUCCCCGGCGCUGCCAGCCGAGCCGGAGCGCCCCGAGGGCACCAUGGCUUCGGGCUCCUACGACGUCAGCGACGGCUCCUCCAGCGAGCCGCCGCGGAACCAGCCGGACAACACGGCCUUCACCCAGCAGCGCCUGCCAGCCUGGCAGCCGCUGCUCUCGGCGGGCACGGUGCUGCCGCUGUUCUUCGGCCUGGGCCUGGCCUUCCUGGCCGUCGGGCUGGGCCUCUACUUCUCCUCGGAGGGCAUCCAGGAGCUGGAGCUGGACUACACGGGCGACGCGGGCGCCAACUGCUCGGACUGCGCCCGCCAGAUCAGCUUCAACGACCCGCGCCGCCGCGUGACCUCCUGCCCGUGCUCGCUGCGCUUCGAGCUGCCCGUCGACUUCCCGGCGCCCGUCUGCCUCUACUAUCAGCUCUCCAACUACUUCCAGAACAACCGCCGCUACAGCAUCUCCCGCGACGACCAGCAGCUCAGCGGGGUCGCCUGGGCGCUGCGCCAUCCGGUCCAGGAGUGCCACCCCUACCGGCUGAACAGCGACGGCAUCCCCAUCGCGCCCUGCGGCUCCAUCGCCAACAGCCUCUUCAACGACAGCUUCUCGCUCUCCUACCAGCUGGCUGACGGCUCCCUGGCCCCCGUGUGCUUAGACCAGCGGGGUAUCUCCUGGUGGACUGACACCAACGUCAAGUUCCAUAACCCGGAGCCGGUCAACGGCAGCCUGGCCCAGGCCUUCCAUGGCACCGCCAAGCCUCCCUUCUGGCCCCAGCCGAUCUAUUGUCUGGGCAACUGCAACAACAUGGGCUGCCUCAAGAAGAAAUGCAACCCCAACAACAUGUGCAACUGCAACAAUACAUGCAACUGCAACAACACGGGCUUUGUCAACGAGGAAUUCAUUGUCUGGAUGCGCAUCGCCGCCCUGCCCACCUUCCGCAAGCUGUAUGCCCGCAUCCACCACAACAGCAUCUGCGGGGGCAACUUCACUGUGGCGCUGCCCCGGGGCACGUACUUCCUCAACAUCAACUACAGUUACCCAGUCCUGGCUUUCCAUGGGACCAAGAAGGUCAUCUUCAGCACUCUCUCCUGGAUGGGGGGCAAGAAUUCCUUCCUAGGCAUUGCCUACCUGGUCGUGGGCUCCGCCUGUAUCCUGGUCGGCUUCAUCAUGACGGUGGUGCACCUCAAAUACGGGCACCUGGAUGAGGACGAUUAGGAGGCCAAGCCUGACUUCUGCUUCCCAGGAUUCCUUGGAGGUGCUGGACAUCCCUUCCCAUCAUUCCUUGGCUGGGGAAUUCUGGGAGAUGCUGGCAAGGGCGUAAAGGAAGCUGAAACCCUGCAUCUGGGGAGCCUCAGGCUGGAUGGGCUGCAGAAAGCUGUGAAUAAGUAGACCUCUGCAGGAGGCGCGAUAGAUGCUUCUCAAGGC